CAUGCACACUUCGAUUGUUUUGGGUCCAAGAAGUGAGAGAGCCCGUGGAGGCAGUUUGGUGAGGAACAUACCUUGGGCUUUUCUUCCGUCGGCCCCUGGACUCUUUCCGUUUCCGGAGCGAAUGGUUCAGGUGAGGCGAGCAGGCUCCAUUCAUCUCUAUCCACAACAACCGUAGCAGCAUCAGCAGCAGUCCGCCCCCAACCAACCAACGGCAGCGCGGGCUCGGCUCCCUCACCUCCCUCCUCCCCGUCGCGACGUCGCCGCCUCCGUUUGUGCUUUGCUGGAGUUGGAGGUGCCAUUGACCACCUGUGUCCUCCAGUGAGUGGGGAUCGAAUUUCCCUAAUUGUGGUGUGCGAACUGUCCCAAGUUUCAAGUCCGUACAAUGCAAGGCAUCUCUAUAUGUGGUUCAGUUGCCUCACCCCGUGGAGCAAACUACAGAACAGCUUGUGUUGCAAGGAAUGGUCUGAAGCUGCCUUGUGAGAUAAAUGCAGUAAUCCAUGGAGUGUACUCAUGGCAUUGGCGCAUGCAUAAACUGCACAUGAAGACCAAUGACGGAAGAAUGAAUGCUACAAUAAGAACUAAUGCUAGAUGGUUGUUUGGAGGAGACGGGCGUAGCAGUGAUGCAAGGCUGGAGCGCAGUGAGGCUGCUAAUGAAGAUAUCUUGGUCUUCUACUUCCAGAUGGAUUUACAGACCCAGAUACAAUAUGCAUUGAAUAUAGAACAAUUUGAUAUAGCAAAACAAUUGAGGGAAAAACUCACCGAGAUUGAAACAAAAAUAAUUAGGCAACGUGAAGCUAAAAGAGGUUCAUCAAAGACUGAAGCUCAGGACAAAGCUCUAAACCUUUUGCGUGUACGUGCAGACUUGCAGAAAGCUAUUGACAGUGAAAAAUAUGCUUUGGCAGCUGGUCUGCGUGAUGAAAUCGCCAAACUUGAGGCUGAGUCUCUUGCAAUAUCUGCUAAAGCUCUUGCUUAUCAAAAUGUGAAAUAUGCGUUUCGACUAGGGCAGAAAGUACAUCACAAGGUACAUGGAUAUAGAGGUGUGAUAUGUGGCAUGGAUCCUGGGUGCUGUGAAUCCAAGUCAUGGAUGGAGACAGCAAAUGUGGAGAAGCUGUCUAAAGGUCCAAAUCAACCUUUUUAUCAGGUCCUGGUUGAUGUAUAUGUUGAUCCAGAACUACUUGUUGCAUACGGAUGCAGGCUAUUCCUCGCAGAAGAAAAUCUUUCAGCAGCUGAAGAAUCAAAGAGAGGAAGGUUUGAUCACCCCUACAUCGAAUUUCUAUUUUAUGGUGAGGAUACAGCCGGGGACUUCAUCCCUAUCAAGCAGCUCCGUGAGAAGUAUGACCAACCACGUUAUGAAGCUUCUGGGGAUGAAAAUGACGAUGAUGACACAAAUAGCUGAAGGGCACGUGCCUUCAUGCAGCUAGAGUUGUUUUGGCGCCAUUUCUGAUGCACCACCACCAAUUUAGAUGUGAUGUGAGGAAGUAUCUGAUAUUACUGCAGGUGGCAUAUGUUAGACAGCCAUCGACGAAAUGCUUGGCAUCCGCGGUAAUCUGCAGCGAGGUAAACUGUAUAUGCCAUGAGCCCUUGCAGAUUGGAGGUGACACUUUUACCAUCACCAAUCAACGAAGCCAUGGUUCAUGAAAGUUACAGCUGCCUUGCUUUUGCAUUAUAUACGGUCGACAAAUGUAAAAAAAACGAAAGAAAAAUAUCCUUAUACCUGUUCUGUGUAUAGUUCUCCCAGAUCUUCUCUAAUUAUGUUCCCUCUGAUGGACAAUUCUGCA